UCAAAAUGUCACAAAAUCAGCAUUCCUAUUUUAAACUCUGACCAAUACCUGUCAGUGAAACUCAGUAGAGGAGUUUCCAUUAUUUCUGAUUUCUUCCUUAAUUAUGAAAUAGUGUGUAAACCUCAAAAAAUGCGGAGGAAAGCCACUGUUACAAACCCCACGCAGCUGAGUGCACUGGGAAAUGGUGCGAGCGAGAAGUCAGGAGAAAACACACAUUUGAAGGUGAUAAAACAGAUAGAAAGACCUUCUAAAACUCCAGCUGGGAAAGGCCUCGGAAAAGCAGGAGCCAAACGUUUGGGCCGACUACUGAAACGAGCUAUCCCUAACCAGGAUGAGGCGACAGGAAAGGCGAACGCUUCUCUUCCCAAGACUCCCGUCCGGCUUUUCAAGCAUCAGAUUCAAACAGAGGCUGGAAAUGCACCCAAGACAAAUUCCGCAAAGCCAACCUCGCCUCACAUCUCCCAGCUCAUCCUCAGUGUGGUUUCCCAGUGCAAACACAGAGGCGGCAUCUCCAUGGCAGAACUCAAACAGAUGCUGGCAGCUGGAGGCUAUGAUGUGGCCAAGAACAACAGGCGAGUGAACAUAGAGACCAAGAGGCUGGUUAACAACGAGACACUUGUACGAACUACAAGAAAUGCAUCAUUCAGACUCAACCAUAAGAAGCUGACAGACAUAAUUCAAGUGAGGACGAUCCCAGUGAAGACUCCAAAGCCAAAAGCAGAGCUGAAGCUGACUCCGAAAACAGCAACAAGCAAAUCCCCCAAAGGAGCAGAGAACCAAAAGAGACGAGUAUUAAAGCCAAACCAAACCAAACCAAAGAGCAAAUCACACCAAACAAGGGCAACACCUCGAAAAGUUAGAUCACCCAAACUAAAACCUAAUCCUCGCAGAAUGGCGGUCACAUCACCCAAACUAAAAUGCAAGCCUCGCAGAAUGGCGGUCACAGCGCACAAACUAACACGUAAAACUCGCAAAGCGGCAGCCAAAUCACACAAACAAAGAAGGAAGACAACCAAAGGAAGAAAAUCACUAAAACCUGCUGGCAAGAAACGCAGACCUGCAACAAACAGGGGCGCACGAGUUCGAAAGGUACCGAGGAAGGCUCAAAAGACUCGGAGACGCCGACCAAACCAAGUUCAAAAUCGACAUAAAAAGCAAGCAAGACGAAGGCUUCCAAAAUCAAAGUUGAGAUCGAGGAAAGGCACUUACUACUACCGCUAGGCUGAGUCUUCAUGGUAAACAGUAAUAAACAGAACCCCUUUUAGCAUCCUGAAAUACA